GUGUGGAUCGAUAAUACAACCAAAUUGGCAGUGGUGAAUGUGAAAAUUAUGAAAAAAUCAUUUGGUAGAAAAUCCUUCAGUUGCACCGCAAGCUUAUAUAUACUAGUAGAAUACCACAAAUAUUAAUAAAAAAUGCUUUUUGGCUUAAUACAAAAAAUUAAAUAUGUAUGCAUUAUGAUAAAAUGCAGUGCAAAAUAAAAUUACAAGAAAAGUAUAAAUCAAAUGUAAAGCAAAAACAAUCAAAUAGCCAAGUAACCUUAUAAAAAAUUUACCAAUCAACUACGUAACACCGACCAACCGUCCGCUUCUAUUUCAAAAAUUAGUUAAAACUUCUAAAAACUUAGCAUACUUAUUAGCGCUGUCCGCUUCGGUUCACCUUCGCGUUCAUACAAACAACUAAAUAGCAACGAAAUUAUUGAAGAAUAGCAUAAAAAAGAGAGAGAGAGAGACGCGCGGUAAACACAAAAGCUCAUCGAAAGCUUUCGUAGAAAAACAAAAUAUUGAAAAACAAACAUACUCCUAGGCACACAAACAACAACAAUAAAAAGGACAGAAGUGGAGUUAUGUGCAGGAAUUCGUGAACAAAUAGAGAGCGUACAUUCGAUUCAAUGAAACAACUUACACGCGACUCAAGUACACAUAAGAGGCAGUUAUAGUAGUACGCGACAAUACACACAUACGCACACAAACGAACACACAACACAAUACAUACGAGUGCACUCCAAUGUCGGCAACACACACAUUUAGACAAUCGAGUUACGUAUGAGAGAGAUUGUCAAAUGUAAAAGAACUUCAAGGAUUUUCAAUACAAAUGAACGACAGCGAUACGCAUGAUUCGAUGGCAAGAGCAAUCGAAGUGUAAAAAAUAAUAAAGUUAAAACCAUAUCUUGUGAAAAAACACAUACAUACAUACAUAUGUAACCACAAACGUAGACGUUUAAUAUAAUCUGUCAAGGACGUCAGUAAAACAAAUACUAUAAAUAUGUAAUGCAAAAGCGCAGAAUGCGCUUAAUAUGAACAACAACAAAAACGUGUGUAAAAUGUGCUUAGCUUAAUCGAGCGUUAUAGCUUUUUUGGUGAAGAAGCAAAUUUUUUUUUUUGCGAAAAAAAAUAUUUCAGCGUGAUUUCACUAAGAAGCCCAACUUUUUGAACAUAUCAAAAAAAAAUUUUUUACACAAACAGAAAUAAACGCAUAAACACGCCGCAAAAUAUGCAACACCACUAAUAAGUACUACACUUCAAAUCAAAGUCAGCAUGUCGUUUGGCGAGCAAAGCGAGUUGCGGAACAGGGGCAGGGGUAGUGACCGGGGCAGUAAUUUCAGCGCAUAUGCAAUGACAGCCGUUAGUUACCUCUCUAACGGUGCUCCAUCAUGCAGCAGUUGUAGUAGUAGUUGUCGGAGGAAUCGCCAUUUCAACGACUGCAGCAGCUGCUGUAACAACAAUAACCAAAAAGUAACAACUAUCGAACAAAAACUGCCACUUCGGCAAACAUUGCGGCAACAAAAAACCAAUACCAGCAAUACGAAUGUCAGCAACAAAUUUAAACUCAACACCAGAGGAACCACCAGCCAACUCGUUGAUGAACAGCUCGAAGGCUGUUGUUCAGCUGGGUUCGGUGUUCCGCUAUAUUCAAGUUGUGGACGACUGAAACAGCGCCGAAGAUUCAGUUCGCUGCUGACAACAAAUGUCCCCACCUCGGCGUAUGCCUUUACCGGAUUGGUGCUGUUAUGUUCAGCGCUUUUGUCGCCAUGUAACGCCUUCCAGCUGGAUGGUUCUCAAAACUCUUUCGCCCAAUUUCGCAAAUGGUAUACGGGACUCAACGGCUCACUGGAGCUGGAGUUUAAGACUGAGCAGCCCAAUGGCUUGGUGCUCUAUACCGAUGAUGGCGGCACUUAUGAUUUCUUCGAGCUCAAACUGGUUGAGGGUGCACUGCGUUUGCGUUAUAAUUUGGGCGGUGGAGCGCAUAUCAUAACUGUAGGACGAGAAUUGCAUGAUGGACAUUGGCAUAAAGUGCAGGUUCUGCGCAAUGACGAACAAACAUCGCUUAUUGUGGAUGGCGUGUCGCAGAGCAGUACAACCAAGGGCAAGGAAUUUCAAUUUGGGAAAUUUGCCACCAACUCUGAUGUCUAUGUAGGCGGCAUGCCAAAUUGGUACAGCACAAAGUUGGCAUUAUUAGCUUUGCCAAGCGUGAUCUUCGAGCCGAGGUUCCGGGGUGCCAUACGCAAUUUGGUAUACGCCGAUCAGCCAGGUGGGGCGACACGCCGUCAGGAAAUGAAGCAGCCACGCGAUAUAAAGUGUGGGGAUGGUCCGUGCGACAACGGUGAAAUGCCAAAGGAGAAAGUGGCCAGGGGUGUACGAGGUGGUAACACUACUGAUGCUUGUGAACGGAGUGAUCCUUGUCAGCAUGGCGGUAUUUGUAUCUCAACAGAUUCAGGACCAAUAUGCGAGUGCCGAAACCUCGAGUAUGAUGGACAAUAUUGUGAAAAAGAAAAAGCGCCAUCAGAAGCAACAUUUCGCGGUCAACAGUUCCUGUCGUAUGAUCUUGGUCAGACUAGUGCCGAGCCGAUUGUGAGUGCUCAGGAUGCCAUUACGCUAUAUUUUCGCACUCGCCAACCCAAUGGCUUAUUAUUCUACACAGGGCACGGUACAGAUUACUUGAACUUGGCGCUACGUGAUGGUGGCGUUUCACUAACAAUGGGUCUGGCUAACGGUAAGCAGGAAAUGCAUAUUAAACCAUCUAAAGUGCGGUUCGAUGAUCAUCAGUGGCACAAAGUGACAGUGCACAGGCGAAUUCAGGAGAUAUCAUCGAUAACAAGUUUCUGUAGACUGGUAACAGUCGUUGAUGAUGUUUACACUGACCACUCGCAUAUAGCGGGAAAGUUCACGAUGCUCUCUUCGUCUCGUGUUUACGUUGGUGGUGCUGUCAAUCCACGCGCCUUACUUGGCGCUCGCGUGCACAAUAAUUUUGUUGGUUGCCUACGUAAGGUUGAGUUCUCCGCCGAUACGCUAUUACUGAAUCUAAUCGAUUUGGCUAAAAGUGGUUCAAAACUAAUUCAAGUCGCUGGAAAUGUUGACUAUCAAUGUCCAAUUGGUGAUCCACAGGAUCCGGUUACGUUUACUACACGUGAAUCGCAUUUGGUCUUACCGCCAUGGGAAACUGGUAAGCAAAGCUCCAUCUCAUUUAAAUUCCGCACCAAAGAACCGAACGGAUUGAUCAUUUUGGCUACUGGUUCCAAACAACCGCGCUCAAAAAAUGCUGUGCUAUUUGCCAUUGAGUUAUUGAACGGGCACAUUUACAUACACUUGGACUUGGGUUCGGGUGCGGCGAAGGUGCGUGCCUCCCGGCGUCGCGUGGACGAUGGAGAUUGGCACGAUUUGAUAUUGCGGCGUAACGGACGCGAUGCGAAGGUGAGCGUAGAUGGUGUUUGGAAUGAGUUCCGCACACCGGGCGAUGGUACCAUACUGGAAUUGGAUGGGCACAUGUAUGUGGGUGGCACAGGUCCAGCGUACAAUAAUAUCGCAUGGCCACCGGCUAUCUGGACGGCAACGUUGCGACAAGGCUUUGUUGGCUGUUUGCGUGACUUGGUGCUAAGCGGCAAAGCGAUCGAUAUUGCAGCAUUCGCACGCUUACAGGACUCAGCAUCAGUGAAGCCUUCAUGCCACGUACAGGCUAACGUCUGUGCCGGUAAUCUUUGCUUGAAUGGUGGCACAUGCCUAGAGGGCUGGAACCGGCCGAUUUGUGACUGCACCGCUACGCUUUACGCAGGACCAACAUGCGGACGAGAAUUGGCCACACUAGCAUUCAACGGCAGCCAGCAUAUGACUGUGUGGCUGGGCAAUGGGCAAGGUACCAAAACGCAAACUGAGGAGCUAAUUAUACGCUUCAAGACAUCGCGUCCCACUGGUCUGAUACUGUUGACGAGCGCCGAAUCGAAUUCGCCCGAUCGGCUGGAGAUCGCAUUGGUGGCAGGACGUGUGCGUGCCAGUGUGCGCUUGAGUGAUCGAGAGAAGAAUUUACUUGCUGGCCAAUCGGUUUUGAAUGACAAUAACUGGCACACAAUACGAUUCUCGCGACGUGCCUCUAAUCUACGGCUACAAGUUGACGGGGUUCCCCCUGUCAGGGCGGAGACUAUUCUCGGUCGUCACAGCACUAUCGAAAUACGUUCCAUCCACUUGGGUGGAAUGUUCCAUGCCGAGGAGGAAAUUCAAAUGACGUCGACAAUGCCAAAUUUUAUUGGCCAACUACAAGGAUUCAUUUUCAAUGGACAAAGGUAUAUUGAUAUUGUCAAGAAUUUGGGUCCUGAGUUAUCGGCACUGCCAAGCACUACAUUUAAACUAACGGCGCGUUUUGUGAAUUCACCACCCGGUAACCCCUACCAUGCUGCCACCUUCCGCUCGAAACACUCAUACGUGGGUUUGCCGAUGCUUAAGGCGUACUCAAGCGUCUCGGUGGAUUUCCGUUUCAAAACCGUCGAACCCAAUGGUUUACUGCUAUAUAAUGGCGGACGUCGUAAUGACUUCAUUGCCUUGGAGUUGGUCAACGGGCAUAUUCAUUACACCUUUGAUAUUGGCGAUGGCCCAAUAACAAUGCGUGAUAAAUCACGCAUACACAUGAACGACAACCGGUGGCAUCAAGUUAGCAUACGGCGACCGGGUCCCAAGACUCAUACACUCACGGUGGACGACUCGUUCGAGAUAGUGACAUUGACUGGCAAUAGCAUGCACCUGGAACUUUCUGGCAUACUCUAUAUUGGUGGGGUUUUCAAGGAUAUGUACGCCAAGCUACCGGCAUCCAUUUCAUCGCGUUCCGGUUUUGAAGGUUGCCUUGCUUCCUUGGAUUUGGGCGAUACAUCGCCUACGCUGACUAGCGACGCAGUUGUGCCCAGCUCUUUGGUGGUGUCCGGGUGCGAGGGUCCGACGAAGUGUAGUCAGAAUGCAUGCGCCAAUCGUGGCGUCUGCGUACAACAAUGGAAUGCUUAUGUAUGUGAGUGUGACAUGACUUCAUAUACCGGCCCGACGUGCUAUGAUGAAUCGAUCGCCUAUGAGUUUGGCAACAAUAAAGGCAUAAUUCAGUAUGGCUUUCCGGAAAAUAUGCAAGCCGAUACAGAGGAGGACAACAUAGCUUUGGGUUUCAUUACAACAAAAUCAGAUGCAGUUAUUCUACGAAUCGAGAGUGCAACAACUCAGGAUUACAUGGAACUCGAAAUUGUCGAAGGCAAUAUUUUUAUGGUCUACAAUAUUGGUACGCGAGAUUUGCCUCUAGGUGAGAUUGGCACAAAAGUGAAUGAUAACACUUACCAUGUGGUGCGCUUUAGUCGCAAGGGCGGUAAUGCUACACUCCAACUAGACGACUACAAUGUCCAAACGCUGAGUCCCCAAGGACAUCAAUCGACCGUUUUCAAUACCAUGUCCAGCAUCCAGGUGGGCGGAAAAUUUAGCCGUGGCGGUAGAACACGAAUUGAACGUCCAUUUGCGGGUGUUAUUGCCGGAUUGUCGGUGAAUAAGUUACGCAUACUGGACUUGGCUGUUGAACGUGAUCCACACAUAACCAUACGAGGAGAUGUUCAAUUGGUAACUGGAGUAUUAGAUAGAAAUGAUCUGCAAAGAAUGCAGCAGACUCCGGCGAGUGGCUAUCCCGGUGCUAUUGAUGAUUUAAUAUUUUCGGGUGCUGGUUCGGGUUGUCGUGGAGAUGAUGAAGAUGAAUGUACACCACCAUUCGAAUCGGGCAGUGGAGAUGAUUUGAUAACACCAGUGUAUGUGCCACCGACAAAACAAACAACAACAGCACAACAAAAUGUUAAUACAGACAAGACCAAUGGCACUGAGCGCGCUUGUGAUGAUGAAGAUUGCCUGCAUGGAUCUGGUGAUUAUGGCGAGACUACGGAGCAGUUCACAUCCACCAGUACGGCAAAGGGAUCAGAGAGCAACAAUGAAGUGGCGUCGUCGACGACAGAUGGCGCUGGUCGGCGCACUGACACAUCGACAACUACAGAGCAACAGCGUUCGAGUAGCAUCAGUAGCAGCAGUGUUGUGACCCGAACCGAGAGUCAGACAAAUGUACCACGUGAAACAACCGUGCCGUACAGCGCAACUACGAGUAUAGUUACCCAGCAGCGGCAAACAUCGACACCAACAUCGGUCUACACUACUUCUACGCAGCGCACAUCCACGUCGACCAUGAUAACAACAACCAGCCAAGCAACACCGCCACCCGAAAUCCAUUCCACAGCUACGGAACAUCAAACUACGCCCUAUGACAUAGUACAGGUAUUUAGCGGCGGUGAAGGUGGGGAACGACAUCACGGAGAUGAGGAUGAGAAGUCAAAUAUGAUAUUCAAUGGCGAGCAUACAUCUAUACCCGAAGAACGUCCAUCACCGCAUAUACCGUCGCCACAUGAAACACCGCCAUAUUAUCAAAUACCACCACAGCAACCGCCUACUUAUGGCAACAACUAUCGUUCCAAGGGCAAGGGUGGUCGUGUUAACUCGAUUGAAGAGGAACGCACGGCCAUGAUAAUCGGUAUUGUGGCUGGUAUACUAAUAGCUGUUAUACUGGUCAUCUUGCUGGUGUUGUGGCUCAAAUCGACGGGCGAUCGUAACUAUAAGACGGAAGGAGAGAAAGCCGCUGCAUACGGUCAUAAUCCCAAUGCAGCAUUGUUGGGUAAUAGCAGCACAAAUGGAUCAUAUCAUCAGCAACGACACCAUGGGACACAUCAUCAGAAUCUGUCUAACGGACAUAAUACAGGCGGAGGAGGUGGUGGCGGUGGUACUGGCGGUAGCGGUAGUGGCAGCAUGCUCGGCGCCUCUGGUGGUAGUAGUGGUGGCGUUGUUGGGUAUGGCUGCAUAAGCUCCGGCAUGGCUAGCACUGGCGCCGAUGGCCGCCCACAAAUGGCAGGGCUGGUACAACCUAAGCCGAAAAAGCGAGAUUCCAAGGACGUGAAGGAGUGGUAUGUGUAAAUUGUUUUUAUUUGAGUGAAGACUGGUGGUGAUGUGGUGAGUUCUUGGAGCGGCAGUGAACGGACGAACAAAAUGUGGUUAAGUAUUUUAAUAUUUAAUUCAAAUUAGCAAUAAUAAAUUUAUGAUAUACAUAGUCAAAAGCACACAAACACCUACACAGACAAAAAGCAAACACAUAUACAUGCAGAGAAACGUAAGAAAGGUCUUGAA